CGGGUAGCGAGCCGCACGCCGCCGGCGUCUUGCUCCUUUCCCCCUCCCGCUGGAUCCCUCGCCGCUCCCUCCUCUCGUCGCAGUGCCGACCCCACCUGUCAAGAUGAACAGCUCGGACGAGGAGAAGCAGCUGCAGCUCAUCACCAACCUCAAGGAGCAAGCAAUAGGCGAAUAUGAAGACCUUAGAGCGGAGAACCAGAAAACAAAGGAGAAGUGUGACAAAAUUAGGCAAGAACGAGAUGAAGCUGUUAGAAAACUGGAGGAAUUUCAGAAAAUUUCUCACAUGGUUAUAGAGGAAGUUAAUUUUAUGCAGAACCAUCUGGAAAUAGAGAAGACUUGUCGAGAAAGUGCAGAAGCUUUGGCAACAAAGCUAAAUAAAGAAAAUAAGACAUUGAAAAGAAUCAGCAUGUUAUACAUGGCCAAGCUGGGACCAGAUGUAAUAACUGAGGAGAUAAACAUUGAUGAUGAAGAGUCAACUACGGAGCCAGAGGCCACUGCUGAGACCUGUGUCUCAGUACACUGUCAGAAGCAAAUCAAAGAACUUCGAGAUCAAAUUGUAUCAGUUCAGGAGGAAAAGAAGAUGUUAGCCAUUGAACUGGAAAGUCUCAAGAGCAAACUUGCAGAAGUAAUUGAAGAAGUAAAUAAAGUCAAGCAAGAAAAAGAUGUUUUAAAUUCAGAAGUUCUGGAACAGAGAAAAGUCUUAGAAAAAUGCAAUAGAGUGUCCAUGCUAGCGGCGGCGGAGUAUGAGGAAAUGCAGGUGAACCUGGAGCUAGAGAAGGACCUGCGAAAGAAAGCCGAAUCGUUUGCACAAGAGAUGUUCAUUGAACAAAACAAGCUCAAGAGACAAAGCCACCUUCUGCUGCAGAGCUCUGCUCCAGACCAACAGUUUCUGAAAGCUUUGAAUGAAAAUGCAAAACUCACCCAGCUCCUUGAGGAAGAGAGAAUUCAGCACCAACAAAAGGUCAAAGAAUUAGAAGAACAACUUGAAAAUGAAACACUCCACAAAGAGAUACACAACCUCAAACAGCAAGUGGAGCUUCUAGAAGAAGAUAAAAAAGAAUUGGAAUCGAAAUAUCAGAGUUCUGAGGAGAAAGCCAGAAAUUUAAAGCAUUCUGUUGAUGAACUCCAGAAACGGGUGAACCAGUCUGAGAAUUCGGUACCUCCACCACCUCCUCCUCCGCCUCCGCUGCCCCCCCCUCCGCCCAAUCCUAUCCGGUCCCUCAUGUCCAUGAUCCGGAAGCGAUCCCACCCCGGCGGCAGCGGUGGGAAGAAAGAAAAGGCGGCGCAGCCCGAAACAACUGAAGAAGUCACAGAUCUGAAGAGGCAAGCCGUUGAAGAGAUGAUGGAUAGAAUUAAAAAGGGAGUUCACCUUAGACCAGUUAAUCAGACAGCUAGACCGAAGGCACAGCCAGAAUCUUCCAAAGGCUCUGAGAGCGCAGUGAGUGAAUUAAAAGGAAUACUGGGGACACUUAACAAAUCCACUAGCUCAAGAAGCUUAAAAUCCCUUGACCCCGAAGGCAGUGAGACUGAGUUAGAAAGGAUCUUGCGUCGCAGAAAGGUGACGGCAGAAGCGAAUAGCAGUAGUCCAACCGGGAUAUUAGCCACCUCAGAGUCCAAAUCCAUGCCUGUGUUGGGUUCUGUAUCCAGUGUAACAAAAACAGCCUUGAACAAGAAAACUCUGGAGGCAGAAUUCAACAGCCCGUCCCACCCAACACCUGAGCCAGGUGCAGGGCCAGGUAUAUUGGAAGGAUGCACAAGUUCCAAGGUUACAUUUCAGCCUCCCAGUGACACUGGCUGGAGGAGACAGUGUACUGGCAGUGAGAAGCAAGCCAAACCACUUGUAGUUUUAGAUCCUGUUUCCACACAUGAACCCCAAACCAAAGACCAGGUUGCCGAACAAGAGCCAACUCAACGCAAGGAUGAUGAAGGCGAAAUUAAACCAGAAUACAAAGACGACAGCGCUGAGAAAAUGAGAGACCCAGACAGCUCCAGCUGCUGAUUCAUCAACCAGAAGGCUCACGUGUUUAGGGGCCUUUUCAAUGAGCACAUGGUGAGCUCUGGUGUAUUGGCGAGGGUUACAGACACUUGUUCUUGUCACUGGAUUCAGACAACAGGUUCUUCUCUGAUGUCACUUUUGUAAGUAGUUCACUUAUAAAUAUAAGUAAGUUGUUUAGCAAAAUACGCAUUCUACAUAGGUUUUCUUUUUACAUUUAAGGGUAAGGUUUUUUUUUCUAAUUACUAUAUUAAGUGUGACUUCUUUUCGAAGGUUACAAAAAUAAAUCAGAUGUUGCUAUCGUUUUAGUUAAUGUACGUACCACUACUCAAAUGUAAUGCUGUCAGUUUGCAGAGCUGUGGACAAUUGGAUAAACAGAACUGAACAACUUAAAGCGACUUAAAAAGCCCCCAAAUAAGCUUCUUUUUUGGAUCCGAUCCUUUUUGAUGGAGAAACUGCAGUAGCAUGGAAAUUGUUGGGCACUGUGGCAUACAAACUACUUUCUCGGGGGUACUGAGAUAAACGUACAAUUCAGGAGCUCGCGUCCAACCAGUAGCCCCAGAGUCAAUGCGAAUUACACACAUUGUUACCUGUGGGAUGAAAAAUACAUGCUGUUGAUUCAAAACCUCCCGAGGACUUUGGGGGAACACUCUGGUGGCCCGAAUGCAGAAUUGAGGUGCAAGUCCAACCCUUGAAUCGAAGAGAGUUAUCUUGGUAAACUGUGUGCUCUGUGCUACGAGUUAAUUGUGAUUUCUCAUGUGCUAACGUGGCACACGUACCAUAUUUUAUCACAGUUCUGUGUACAGUGAGGAUAAGUGGCAAGCAGACAAUCUUCCUGUGAUACUGCUGUUCUGCAUUACACGUGUAUUGUUUUGUUCUGUGGGGUUUUGGGGGGGUUUGUAAGAAAUUAAG